GGUAAAAUCCCCAAAAUCGAAUCCAUCAACUCCCGACUCCAGAGCAGUUCUCCUUGGUAACUGGUUACAAUGUUGUUUUCACUCUUUCGAUCUAGGGUUCUUUCAAUUUCAAAACCUUCUCUUCUUCCUUAUUUUCCCUUAUCUCACUUUCACUCUCAAUCGACACCUCUGAAUGUUGAUGAUGCUGUUUCCUCCUUCAACCGCAUGCUCCGAAUGCGUCCUACCCCACCCAUUAUCGAAUUCAAUCAAAUAUUAACUUCUCUUGUCAAGAUCGAUAAGAACAACUUCUCCACUGUCAUUUCUCUUUUCAGACAAAUGGAAUUUCAAAGAAUUCACCCAUCCAUUGUCACUUUAAGCAUCUUAAUCAAUUGCUAUUCACACCUCCGUCAAAUGAAGUUCGCUUUCUCUCUUUUCGGUAAAAUUCUCAAGAUGGGUUGUCAUCCCGAUGUCAUUAUCUUCAAUACACUUAUCAAAGGUCUAUGCCUUAACAACGACGUUAAGGAAGCUCUUCACUUUCAUGACAAAUUGGUUGCCCAAGGAUUCCAGCUGAGCAAAGUUAGUUACGGGACUUUGAUCAAUGGGUUAUGCAAAGUGGGACAAACGCAAGCUGCCCUUCAAUUGCUAAGACGCAUCGAAAGACAGCUGCUUUUCAGACCUGAUGUGGUCAUGUAUAGUAUAAUUAUUGAUAAUCUUUGUAAAGAUAAACAUGUAAAUGAUGCUUUUGAUUUAUAUUCUGAAAUGAUUCGUAAGCGGAUUUCUCCUGAUGUUUUCACUUACACUAGUCUAAUACAUGGGUUUUGUAUCGUCGGUCAAUUGAAAGAAGUGUUUGUAUUGUUAAAUGAAAUGGUAUUGAAAAACAUCAAUCCGGAUGUUUAUACAUUUAAUACAUUGGUUGAUGCUUUGUUCAAGGAAGGAAAGGUCAAAGAAGCUAAAUGUUUGAUUGCGGUGAUGAUGAAAGAAGGUGUUGAACCGAACAUUGUUACUUAUAGUGUUUUGAUGGAUGGGUAUUGCCUAGUUAAUGAAGUGAACAAGGCGAAAGAUAUAUUCAAUUCUAUGAUGCAAAGGGGAAUGACUCCUGAUAUUCAGAGCUAUACUAUCAUGAUUAAUGGAUUAUGUAAGAUGAAAAUGUUGGAUGAAGCGGUAAGUCUCUUUGAAGAAAUGCAUUCCACAAAUAUGACGCUUGAUGUAAUAACUUAUAGUUCUCUUAUUAAUGGUUUAUGCAAAUCGGGGAGAUUAAUUUCUGCUUGGAAGCUUUUUGAUGAGAUGCUUGAUAGAGGUCAGCCACCCGAUGUAAUAACUUAUAAUUCUUUAUUAGAUGCUUUAUGUAAAAGUCAUCAAACCGACAAGGCAAUAGCAUUACUAAGCAAAAUGAAAGAUCAAGGUAUUCAAGCAGAUAUCUUCACAUACAAUAUACUUAUUGAUGGACUUUGCAAAGAUGGAAGACUUGAUGAUGCGCAAAAGAUAUUUCGGGAUCUUUUGAUUAAAAGCUACAAUGUAGACGUUGUAACAUAUAAUGUUAUGAUCAAUGGGCUUUGUAAAGAAAGUUUGUUGGAUGAAGCAUUGACCUUGCUGUCAAAAAUGGAAGCCAAAGGCUGCAUUCCUGAUGCUAUAACUUAUGAAAUAAUUAUUCGUGCUCUCUUUGGAAAAGGUGUGAAUGAUAAGGCUGAAAAACUUCUUCGUGAAAUGAUUGCCAGAGGUCUAUUAUAAAUGUAUAAGUAAGUGAUACUUUUUGUGCUUUAUAUCAUAAUGUUUACCUAUUUUAUCUGGAUCAAAUGUAUUUCAACAUGGACUACUAUACAAAAACAAUUUAUAAGAGAUUAUUUUUUUUAUUAAAAA